AUGGAUCAUCAUUUUAUCAAUAUAAUCCUUGUUGGCUUAGCUUUUAUGAUUCUAUUUACAGCUUUUCAAGCGACAGGCAUGAUCGCACCAAGUGUUCUUGAGGGUGUGAAGAAUGACACAGUUAAUGGAACGAGUUUUCAAGGAAGUGGUUACAUCAGCCUUGCGAUUGUUUAUACGUUAUUUACUAUUGCAAAUAUAUUUGCUCCUGUCGUCGUAUCGAUAUGUGGAUCGUCCAUAUCGAUGUUUAUUGGCGGAAUUACUUGUUUCUUAUAUGUUCUUUCAUUCAUUUCGCCGAUGGUUUGGUCGUAUUAUCUAGUCUCGAUUCUAUUCGGAAUUGGUGCCGCUAUUCUUUGGACAGCACAGGGUGUUUAUCUAUCGAGAAAUUCUAACGAAAUGACGAUAAGUCGGAAUACAGGUGUAUUUUGGGCAAUGUAUCAAUCGAGUCUCAUUCCAGGUAAUCUAUACGUGUAUUUAUCUAUUGAUACAGAAAUGAUUACUCGAUCAGUACGAUAUCCAUUAUUCACUGUGUUUUCCAUCGUUUCUGCUCUUGGAAUCGCUUGUUUCGGUUUGGUCAUUUGGCGAACUUUUAGUGAACGACGACGAGUGAAUUCGGAGUUAUUGAAAAACGAAGAGAAAAUCAGUUGCGUCGAUAUCGUGGAAACAUUAAAGAUAGCACUUCGACUUCUAAAAACUCGAAAUAUGCUUCUUCUUCUAAUACCGUUUGGUUAUACUGGUUUUGCCUUAACUUUCUUUCAAACUGUUUAUCCAACAUGUAUUGGCCAUUUGAUCAAAUAUGGAGACAAACGUAAACGAUUGAUUGGCCUCCAUGGAAUCCUUGUUGGAGUUGCAGAAAUAUUUGGCAAGUUACAUUAA